AUGGCUGUUACAUCCUCUGCCCCGGAAGGCAUGUCCGACAAUACAGAGGAAAAGAAGACCUUGCCAGCCAAUGCCGACCCCGAAGCGACUAACAACAGAGAUGAUCCGCUGGCUCUUCUCUCCAAGAUCGAGACCAGCUCGGAAGCUCACCCCGUCAGGUGGCCGCUAUGGAAGAAAUGGUUCAUCGUCUUCGUCUACUGCCUUCUCCAGGUGUUUGUCACCCUGACUUCGACAAGUUAUGUCUCGGUUGAAUUCUUGAUCAUGGAGAAAUGGACGAGCUCGGCGCAAGUCGCCACCCUCGGCCAGAGCAUGUUCAUUGUUGGCACUGCUGUUGGUCCGGCAUUCUUAGGGCCAAUGGCAGAUAUCAAAGGGAGAAAAUGGGUGUACGUGUCCUCAAUCGCCAUGUAUGCCAUCCUCAACAUCGGCACUGCGUUGGCAUACAACUACCCCAUGUUGGUCAUCUUCUGUUUUCUGAUCGGCUGCGCUGGGUCUGUCGCCCUGUGCAAUGUGGCCGGGACAAUUGCCGAUCUCUUUGGCGAUACUGAUGGAGCGGCUCAGCCCAUGGCUUUGUUUGUGCUUUCCGCAAACUUUGGCCCGAGCUUGGGCAGCCCGAUAGGAGAGUGGAUCGGCACCAAUCCAAGUCUCGGGUGGCGCUGGAUCUUCUACAUCAACAUCAUCAUUGGUGGCGCAUUUGCGUUGUUCCUGUGCUUCAUGCCCGAAACGCUUCCUAGAAUCGUCAUUGCGAGAGCCGUCAAGAGAAGGGGGAGCGUCGACCAGAACGAAUUGGACAUUGCCAUGGGCUCAAGCAAGCUGUCUGUGCUGCGGGAAAUGAGGUUCGUGGCAACCAUGGCUUUGAGAAUCAUGGUGUCGGAGCCAAUCGUCAUCUCACUCGGCCUGUACAACGGAUUUGCUUACGGCUUACUCUUCCUGUACCUUGAUGGCGUCUUUGGCGUGUUCGUUGUCAACAAUGGUCUCAGCUACGUGGGUGCCUCGUUGACGUACCUCAACUUCUGUGUCGGUCAGUCCUACUCGUGUCAAGCCCAAACGGCCGAGUUGCAGGUGCUAACAGGAGAACUAGGUGUCACCGUGACCUUUUGUUUUGUGCCGGUCCAGACAUAUCUAUUCAGACGCCAUCGGUUGAAGCAUGGCCACAUGCCUGAAGCACGGUUCCUCACCUCCUUGGUGGCUGUGUGGUUGUUCCCUGUCAGCCUGUUCUGGUUCGCUUGGACAUGCGACGGUGAAACCUCGUACUGGUCGCCAGUUGUUGCGGGCGCAGUUCUGGGCUUUUGCGAUCCGCUCCUGUGGCUCGCCAUGCUCAACUACAUCACCGACUCUUACCCGAACGUGGCUGCCAGCGCUAUCGCAGCCUUCUUGAUCCCCAGUUUUCUCAUCGCUGCAGGUUGCGCCCAUGCUGGGGUUGCCAUGUUUGCGAACAUGGACGUCAGGUGGGCGUUUUCGACAUUGGGUUUCAUCUCAGUCGGCUUGGUAGUGCUCGUCUAUGUGCUCUUCUUUUGGGGCCCAGCCUUGAGAAGAUGGAGUCCGCUUGCGAAGACAUUCUAA